AUGGAACUCAGAUUUCUAUCAGUGGGAUAAUCCUAAGGAGAAGAUUUUGAUGAUGGAAUGAUAGAUAAAAUAAGUAAAGUGAAAAUUUAAUACAAUAAACAAAAUAUUGUUGCAAUAGCUUUAUUUUAUGAUAAAAGAUAAAUGUACAAAUUUCAUAAUUUUUGUUGCAAUGCUGUUAGCAAGUUUUAUUUCUAUGUAUAGGAAGAAGAGUUCAUUAUAGAAAAAGAUGAUUGUAAAUAUAUUGCAUAUCUAGAUCUAUAGCAAGUGAGUGGUACUUUUGAUGGAAGAUAUAUCACCUCAUUAUAAUUUGCCACAUAUAAUGGUUAAUCGGCGCAUUUUAAAGCAUCGUGUUUGGGAAAUCAAUUUUAUAUUGAAAAUUUUGGUGAUACAUUCUCUAGCUGCAGUGGUUCAUUUGAUACGAAUGGGCUUACAUCAUUAUCAUUUAAAGUGAUACCACUUAAUUCGACUGAUUAGGAAAGAAUUUAAAAUACAAUCCUUUAUUUAUCUUAUGGCAGUCACUAUCCUCAAUAAUACAUUCCUCAAUUUUCAUAAUUCCUUAACUAUCCCUAAAAUUGA